AUGUUACCAGUCACAACUUAUUCAGUAACAAAACCCGAACAUGUUAUCAUUUGUGAGGAACACGAAGAACACUUUUGCGGACGACAUGCUCUACGUGCACUCUCACAAAGACUUGAUUUAUUUACUGAUAAGUAUUUAUUUGAUAUCGCUGAAGAUAUAGCAGCUACCGACCAAAUACGUCAAAAUGGACAACCAGUACAACUUACCGAUUACUAUUACAAAGACACGGAUGAUUAUAAUAUUCAAGUGCUACAACUUGCUCUUCAGAAUAUAUUAAAUGUGCAGCUUUUACGAAUCGAUAAGUUAGAAGACAGUAGCUAUGCUAUUCGCAAUCUUAUUUUAUCAAAUGUUGAACAUAUUCAAGCAUUUCGCAUUCAACAAGACUAUCAUUAUUAUUAUCUUCGUAGUUUUCGAUCUAGUAAAGAUUAUUUCUUUACAAUUGAUUCUAAACAUUCAAUGUACCAUGAACCUAUUCGUUGUGAACGGUUAUUCGAAUAUCUUGCAGAACUUGUUGACUCAAAUUGCGCUAUCUUUAUCAUCAUGCAAGAUACAGUACAAAAUAUUAAUCAACAAAUUACUAUUGAUAAUAUUCAAAAAGUAUUAUGGCCUUUACCAGAUGCUCCUGCUGAUUUUGAACUUUUUCUCAGACGUAAUCAAUUACAUAUAUGA